AUGUCGUUUAGAACAAAGAACUCUGGUCGGGUUUUGCUUCCGUUCGGGUUAGAUUACAGUGAUAUAUCAUCCGCAGACCACACCACAGAGCAGCCUCAAUUGGUUUUACCAGUUAAUGGGCCAUUAACGCCAAAUGAAGAAGCAGCUGCCAAACAAUCUAUUGCAUUUUCUAAUCUCAUGUUGGAUGGUCCCUUUUAUACGGGAUCCACGUUGAAUACAAGCAAGGAGCAGGCGACGACCACGGCGCCGGAUGGGAUUGAAAGAUAUUCAGAUAAAUAUAAGAAGAUUAAAAAGAUAGGAAGAACCAUUGAAGAGCACCCGUAUCAGUUAGAAUAUUUCCCAGAUGAACUCUAUUCCGUUAUGGGGAUAUCGAAUAAACAGAAAAAGAAGUUAUUGUCAUUAUCUACGUUCAAAGCAGACGGGGGUUUGAAGCAAUACGCAGCACGAGAGUCAGAAGCUGAUAGCGCACAAUCCAUGUUGGAGAAGCUUAAAGACAUGGCAGAAGACUUAGAUUCCAAUAACGCAAAUCAUACGGCAAAGGAAGACGAAAAUGAAGAAAUAGAAGAAGAAAUGGAUGAUGACUUUGAAGAGGAUGAUGAUGAUGAUUAUAAUGCCGAAAAGUAUUUCGACGAUGGAGAUGAUGAUGUCGCCGACGAUGGAGACGAUGAAGCAGCAUUUUGA